GAUGCGACUCAGGUUUUCAGGACUGUCCAAGGCCAGGAAGGCCCCGUGAUUCUGCAGGCGUAGGAAUUCACGAAGGAAAACAUCGAGAGCGGCGUGAACGAGCGUCCGAGCACGGCCCAAGGGUGUAACGUGUGCGAUGGUGCCACGAGUAAACAACAAAAGCAUCUUCAUGCAAGUGUAAUUAGUGCCAAGUGACGUAACGGCGGGUUGUUCACAGCGUUGAAUCAACGACGGUGUUUGGCUGCCAAAUUCGGCGCGAAUCUCGGAGACGCCGACAUUUCACUUCCGAAUCAAACUCAGGAUGGAUCGAACAUUCUUUAUCGUCUUGACAAUCUGCGCAAUUUCGCUACCCGUCAAUCGUGGGGAACUUUAUACAGCCUUGGCUGACAUGGAGGAACUCUUGGAGACCGAAUCAGUCCUCAUUGAUACCUUGCACGGAUUUAUUCACGCUCAAGAAGAACGACUAGCUACUCUCAAAAGAAAUGUCGAAGAUUACGCGCGAGAACAUGAGGAGGCGUCAAGGAACAUCCAGCAGUACUUGUCAAAUCCAAUAAACGCUUAUCUUCUGGUGAAGCGUUUGACAACCGACUGGAAACGGAUCGAAGAACUAAUCACCGAAGACGUCGGAAAAGCUUUCGUCAGUAACAUAACGAACUCGAGGAACGACCUGAAGUUCCCCACAGACGAGGAUCUCAAUGGGGCUGCGGUAGCGCUCAUGAGGCUUCAGGACACAUAUAAGUUGGACACCGCCCACGUGGCCAGGGGGGUCCUUAAUGGAGUUCAGUACAGCACUGGUCUCAGCGCCGGGGAUUGUUUCGAACUGGGCAGGCAGUCGUACAACAAUGCCGACUAUUACCAUACGGUGUUGUGGAUGCAGGAAGCCAUGGACCGUCUCCAGGAAGAACACAAUAGAACUACAACCACGAAACCCGACAUUUUGGAGUAUCUCGCAUUUUCGACUUACAUGCAAGGAAACGUCGCCCGCGCACUCAGCAUGACUAACGAACUUCUUGAAUUAGUGCCAACCCAUCAGCGUGCUCUAGGUAAUCGGGCGUACUAUCAAGAGGAAAUGCAGAAAAAAAUGACUCAGAAAAUACGGAAGCGUGGCGAAGACGGCCAGGAAGAAGCAAUUCCAGCUGACCAGCCUUUCACUGUAGCUGAGAAGAAGAUCAAAACUUGGGAAGAGUUGACGGAAAGGGAGCGGUAUGAAAUGCUGUGUCGUGGAGAGGUGACGCUACCAGCGGACGUCCAGAAAAAUUUGAAAUGUCGUUACGUGGAGCGAGGAAUCCCCUUCCUCAAGAUUGCACCAUUUAAGGAAGAAGAAGCUUACUUGGAUCCUAGAAUCGUGAUAUACCACGAUGUAAUCUAUGACGAAGAAAUUGACACUGUGAAGAGGAUGGCUCAGCCAAGAUUCAAAAGAGCAACUGUCCAAAACUACAAAACUGGUGAAGUUGAAAUUGCGCAUUAUCGUAUCAGCAAAAGUGCCUGGCUCCAGGAACAUGAACAUCCACACGUGAAGGCUGUCAGUAGGCGAGUGGAAGACCUGACAAGCUUGACUGUCGAUACUGCCGAAGAGCUGCAAGUAGUCAAUUAUGGAAUUGGUGGACAUUACGAGCCCCACUUUGACUUUGCAAGGCGAGAAGAAAAAAAUGCUUUUAAAAGCCUUGGAACUGGAAAUCGCAUCGCAACGGUCCUUUACUAUAUGAGCGAUGUGGAACAAGGUGGUGGUACUGUUUUCACAAAAAUCAACCUUGCUCUUUGGCCACGAAAGGGUAGCGCUGCAUUUUGGUUCAACUUGAAGCCAAAUGGCGAAGGAGAUUACAGAACAAGACACGCUGCAUGUCCAGUUUUGACCGGCUCUAAGUGGGUGGCAAAUAAAUGGCUUCACGAGAGAGGACAAGAAUUCCUACACCCCUGUAACUUGGAGAAUCAGACACCAGAUCCUGAUAGCGGGCUCUACUAAAUGCUCACAACUAACUCAUGGCGUACACCUUGUUAUUUCUUGGUGUAAAUAUCGACAUAUGAGAAAGUCCUUGACGCUUAACCAAACUGCCAGGUAUUCGUCAGCAGAUUUUAACCAAACGCUGAGACAAUUAGAGUUAAAAUAUAAAUCAGUCUUUCAAAAUAACAACGUCUACAUACCGCGUAAUGAGGGAUUCUUGAUUACUGUGAAAAUGAGAUCAAAUGUUUCAAUGAUACAGGUAAUUUACGAGUAGGUUCUAGAUCAUACUUAUAAUCCAUAUGGUGGAGAAACGUUGGACGCGCCAAAGCUGCCUUGGCACAAAGGACGCUGUCUUUUAUCCUUUUAAUGGUCUUAUCGAUUUCUCAUUCUUUAUGGUUAAGUAUAUUAAAUACAUUAGCUGCGCCCUCUUGCAGAAUUAGUUUUCAUUUUUUAGCUCUUGAUUAACGCAUAACGAGUCUGCACUUUGCAUUUAUCGGGGGGGAGUGAUAAACUGUUAUUUACCAUUUCAUAAAAUUAAGAAGGGUUUUAUAUUGAUAUUAUUAGAUGAUAUUAUAUAUAGUAUAAUUACUAGCAAUUUAUUAGAAAUUAUACUAAUUAACAAGUACAACUUGUUGUGCCAUCGUUAUUGGCAGUGUGUGGCAAAAAUAACUGCAUAUGGGCUCAAACCUAAAAUAUUUAAAAUUAUAAUCACCAAUCGAAAUUGGUCAGAACUGAACCAUUCCAAAAUUUGGUUCUCCUGACAUUCUUUUACAACCAUUUGAUAGUUUAUUUAACUAUCUUACUACGAUCAACUACCUAAGCAACAUACUUUGUUAUAACACUUAGCGGCCACUAUUACAAAUGGCAUAGAGUUUCGUACUGGGCGGCUAGAUGCCGCAGUUAAAUACAUUACUCGAAAUAAUUGCACACAGCAGUAUUUCUUGACUUAGAAAGUAAACUUUGUUCCAUAUGCGAAAUUAUACAAACCGGUGAUCAUUACUGGUGCAUUAGUUAACUUAAUUAUGUAAUACAUUUCUCAAUAGCAUGGGAUGAAUAUUUAUCUCAGUAAGGAAAAAUAUGAUCAAUUAAAAGCAGAAAUGUGAAAGAAAGAUAGCAGCAGAUCCUAUGCGAAACUGAAUAUAAAGCAGUUAUAAGAAUUACGCGACUGAGAAUUUAUGAAAUGAAACUGAAGGUAUAAGACUUUGCAAAAAUUUGCUAACACAUUGUUAUCUUUAAACGAAUGACAGUCAAGAAAACUUACACACUUACAAAUGCAA